CCCGGGGCCCGGCUCUGUGGCCGGACACCGCUGGCGUGGCCAGACCGACCUUGCAAUCGGAUUCUCCCCGAUCUCCUUUUGAGAGGGAGCGCCUCCGUGGUUCGUCGCCCGGGGCGGCGACCGCCAUCCCCGCUCCGUCCUCCUCCUCGCCGCGCCGCCCCCUCCUCCUCGCCGCGCCCCCGCUUCUCCUCCCCUCCCCCUGUCUGCUCCUCGCCCCUGCCCCGAGGGAGGCCGAACUUGAGGUCUCGCGCGCGCGCGCGAUCGCUCCCCUCCUCCUUCCCCCCCCCCCACACGCACACAUCCCUCCUCUCUCCCCCCCUCUCUUUCUUCCUCCCUCCUCCUUCACCAUGACGGACGUAUAUGCCCCACUUACGCACGCGUAUGAGGCCUUCACGGCUGCGCCUCCUGGAGAGUGGUUCUCCGUCCGGAUCGCCGGCAAGGCCGGGCCGCAGCUCGGCCAUUCCGGGUCCGGCGGUUUGGACGGCCUCCUGCAGGUCCGCUCCUCGGCGGACUUGGUGUGCUUUUACUUCCUGCUGCACCACCCGGCCGCCGCCCCUUCCGGGACCGAGGAGGAGCCCGGCAGCCAGCAGGUCCUCCUGCAUGUUGUUGGACCGGAUGCCCCACUGACAGACCAGGCCCGCGGUCUGACCUUCCUUCGGCAUGUCAUGUCCACAUUCAAAGUGGACUACGUGAUUCCGGUUUCCUCGCUGGCGCAGAUCACCCCCGAGAUGCUGGCCGAAUCGUUGCGGGCACCCACGGCAUACUCCUCUUCCCCGGUGGCCGGCUCCUCACAGUCGCUGCUGACCACCGGUCUGCAGAAGACCCUUUCCCCGGCGGGCUACCGGUACAGCGCCUUCGCCACGCCGACCCUCUCCGUUUUCCCGACCGCAUCGAGCUCGAGCCCAGGCAACCUGUCUCCGCGGAGGACGGUCUUCUGCCCCUACUUUCCGGCCUACACGGCCAUGCCGCGGAGCCACCCGGAUACCGAGCCGCCCGGUGACAUGGCCGAGGAGCAACCCGCCCCGACGCACCGGCCCCGCAGCGGAGGCGUCCCCCUCCUGGGCAAGGCUGCGGCACAGAAUGCGGCCGCGGCCGCGGUCGCCGCCACCGCCGCCACUGCCACCGCUGCGGCCCCGGUUGGUGUGUCGGUCAGCGAUGGGCCGACUCUUCGCCGGAGCGCCUCCAUCUCGUCCAGUGCCUCGCGUGCUUCGUCGGUCUUCUCCACGGCCUCCGUCAACUACUCCUUCACGCGUCGGGACUCUGCCACCUUCCAGCUGCUCUCCUCCACCACGGCCCCCUUCCAUCAGGGGGCCUCCCCCGGGGCGGACAAGGGUGCGGCGGCCGGGCCGGCGGCGGCCGAGUCGCACCGCGGCGCCGGGCUGCCCCCCCCACAAAUGGUGUAUCACCGCCAUAUCCGCUCGCGCGAGGAUGAGAUCUCCCUCUUCCCUGGCGACCUGGUGAUCCCGUUGAACGAGGCGCCGGACUCGUUGGGACGCGUCAAGGUGAUGCACGAGUCGCGCGUUGGGUAUAUCUCGCCAGGGACCCUGCGCGGCCCGUCGGCCAUCGGGACGGCCGCGGCCGGUGCCGGCGCCUCGCCCGCGGCCGCGACCACUUCCGACGGGGCUUCCGGGUCCUCGGACGCCAAAUCCACAUCCGAUUCCUUCUUGGAGUCCAACAAUCCGGAGGUCGUGCCGUACUACGGCAGCCUGGCGGCCUACUUCGACUCGGACCUCUACCGGAGUGAUGCUUGCAACUGGCUCCUCCGCCACAACCUGGCCUCGGCCGUGCGAUCCUACAAUGAGGGGCUGCCCAUCGAUGUGGCUUCCGAGCUGGACCGUCUGUCACAGCAGAUGCCCAGCCUCAUGUACCCGGCGGUCCAGCGCCUGGUCUACCUGAAUACCUUCCUUCGGGUGCGCGCCUUCCUCGGGCAGCCGAUCCACUCUUCGUCCGCGGACAAUCCCUUCAUCAUCCCGCACACGGCCAUCAGCACGGCCGGGCUUCUGGCCUCGGGCCAGGUCUCGGCUGCCAGCCCCAUCGGCCCUGGGGGGGCCACCACGCCGACGCGCCUCCCGGCCCCGACAGGGUCCACUGUGCAGACCGCCAAGACCGUCCCCGGUGGCCCGCCCUCGUCAAGUUCAGUGGGUCGUGCGCCCAGCGGCCUGAACCUCCGGUCAUUCUUCCGGCCAACGCGCCGCGACGCCAACAGCAGCAGCUCCAGUGUGCCGCUCUUCGUCUCGGCGGACUUCUUCCAGCAGGUGGCCAAGCCGGUGCAUGACGCCGACAAGUACAUCAAGAUCACAUCCCCCUUCCUGCACCCGGCACUGGCCAGCGCCGAGGGUGCCGACCCGACCACCGUCACCUCGUACCUCAUCCAUCCUGAUGCGUACAAGCACUUGACCGAGAUGCGCAAGACCGCCUUCGACGAAUUCCUCUCGCUGACGACCGUCGGCAAGCGGUCGAAUCUCAUCCGUCUGCCCACCGGCUGGCAGUACCCUCACAUCGACUACAGCAACGACCCGGAUUACUUUUGCCUGCCCGGGACCGGUGGCAGUGGCGGCGGCGGCGGCGGCAGCGGCAGCAUGCGGCUCCUGCCGGCCGGGCGCAAGGGCGGAGCCGAGCACCACCACCAGGCAGGGGGCGCCGGCGGGCCGCCCGAGGCGGCCGGUGGCCCCGGUGCCACCCCGACCAGCGUCCAGCUGGGCAGCUCUCUCCAUGCGUGGGUUCUCUUCCUCGGGCACAAGCCCUUCGAUUAUAGCUUCCCCCUGCCGAUGGCCAUCACGUCGAUGAUUUCGGAAAUCCGCCGGCAGAAUGGCCUCCAAACCGAGGGGCUCUUCCGAGUGCCGGGCAAUGCCCGGCGCAUCAGCCAGCUGAAGGAGGUCAUCGAGAAGGACGGCCACAUGAAGAACUAUGUCCAGUCCAAUCCCACGCUCGGCAUCAGUGUCCACGAUGUGGGUGGCCUGCUGAAGCUCUUCCUGCACAAGCUGGCCGACCCGCUCUUCACGAGCGCGCUGUACAAGAACUUCCCCGACGUCACAAAGAUUAGCUCCGGCACCGCGGACCAACUGCGCGCCUUGCGGCACCUGUGCUUCCUGCUGCCCGAGCGCAACCGCCUGGUGGCCCAGUAUCUGCUGGAGUUCCUCCGGUCGGUGGCCCAGAAUUCCGCCGUCAACAAGAUGGACGCUCGGAACUUGGCGGUCGUCUUCGCGCCAUCCUGCUUCCGCCAGCCGGCCAGCGAGAAGACCGACCAGCAGGCGGCCAAGCUCAUGAAGGAGAGCAACCGCGUCAUUGUCAGCCAGUAUGUCCUUCAGCUGCUGAUCGAGAAGUAUGAGGAGAUCUUCAUGUUCCCCGAGGUGGUGCUCGAGCGCCAUCCGCUCUUCCAGUCCUUAGCCACCUCGUACAGCGAGUACUUCACCAGUGCGGAGUCCGCUGGUGGCGGUGGCGCCGGAGCAUCUCCCUCUAAGCCGGGUGGCGGUGCGGCCGGGUUGGCCAAGCCCGGCGCCAGUCCGGUGCUCCAGGCAGCUGGUGAACAGCCAGCUGGCGAUGCCGGUUACUCAGCUGGUGAUGUGCCCACUGUGGAGGCUGUCUGA